UUACGGUGGCUUGUGUUGUGUUUUUACUCAAGUGGUGUAGUGGAGAAAAGUGCAGUGGAGAAGUGGGAUCAAUAAUUGCAGAAAAUUUGAGCUUGCAGAUUGGAGUCAAUUGCGUAAUCAGAAUUUUUACAUAAUGGACAACAAAGAAGUCUCAGAUACAGACCAAAUAAUACCAAAACCUUCACAGCUAAGGUAUUUAGAAUAUGUAGACAAAUUUCCGCCAAACAUUGAGGAAUUUAAGCCUUUGAUGUUGUUACAAGAUGGGGAAUUAGAAGACAUCAUUAAUGAAGUUGAUGACCGUAACAAUAUUGAAGAAAUACUGAAAAGGGCCUAUGUACUUGUGGCUUCAAAAAUGAAAACUUUGGCUACAAAAAGUGACAGUGAAGUCCUCAAAAAUCUAUUAUCGAACCGCCCUGAACUGAGGCGUAUGAGAAAUGAAGGUUUAAUUAAGGACCUGCCACAAUGGCUUCAGGAAAAAAUAGAUAUAUAUUUGAAAUUGUCUUCCGAUGAAGACUCUCCCGAUGAAAAUUCUUCCGAUGAGAAAUCUCCCGAUGAAAAUUCUUCCGAUGAGGACUCUCCCGAUGAAAAUUCUUCCGAUGAGGACUCUCCCGAUGAAAAUUCUUCCAAUGAGGACUCUCCCGAUGAAAAUUCUUCCGAUGAGGAUUCUCCCGAUGAAAAUCCUUCCGAUGAAAAUUCUUCCGAUGAGGACUCUCCCGAUGAAAAUUCUUCCAAUGAGGACUCUCCCGAUGAAAAUUCUUCCGAUGAGAAAUCUCCCGAUGAAAAUUCUCCCAAUGAAAAUUCUUCCGAUGAGAAAUCUCCUGAUGAAAAUUCUUCCGAUGAGGACUCUCCCGAUGAUGAUUCUUCCAAUGAGGAUUCUUCAGAAAGCGAAGAUGAGAUUUCUACCUUGUAUAACAAUUUACCGGGAGAAAAAUAUGUUAUUGGCUUCAAAGAUGAUUGUUUUCGAUUGCUGUCAGAAUUCAGUAAAUCGAAAAAUCAAAAUUUCGUAGAUUUUGCUAAAGUAUGGAGGAAAAUGGGAUUCUCCGCGAUAUCCAUAUUAUAUGAUUUGCAUGAAGAAGCAGGCUUAGAAGAUCAUGGGGAAUUCUUGAAUCACGCUGUACCGGAAAUGUUUCUUAUUGCAAAAACGUUCAUGCUUCCUGAAUAUCCGAAGUCUUAUAGGAAAGGUGCACUUUACCUGUUAUAUGCUCUGUAUUACAAACAGCCAAUAAAUACGGACGACGCAUUAGUUGAUGGGCCUUUUGCGGUAACAUUCGAUUUGACUGAGUUCUGUCUCUUUCAUCAAAUACUUGAUGGUGAAACAGAGGCAGGAAAAAAAGAACUACAACAAGUUUAUGAUCGAAUGAUGAACGAUGGUGCCAUCUCACCUAUAAUACCAUUGCAUGAACCAGCAGAUUAUGUUAAUGAAAAUGAUUUGAGAGCGUGGUAUUUCACAAGGUUGCUACAAGAACACGGUCAAUCCGGUGACUUGAAUAAGUCGAUUGCUGACUAUUUCUUUGACAUUUGUCUGUUCAUUAAGGAUUUUGUGGGGCUCUCUUCUGGAAACCAACAUUCCAACAUGCCAGAAGGCGAAACCAAGGUCAAAACUGUAAGGGAUUACUUGAAUGAGAUUCCUGAUCCACUUCGAACCCCAGACCAACUUCCAUCUACUUCUUCUCAAGAUUGCAUUAUGGAAGUAGAAAAAGACGGAGUGGAGGGGCUGGAAUGUAAUGCACUUGAAGAGCUCGAAAGUGCACUUGGAGAUCUGAAAUGUGAAGAGGUGGAGACUGAUGAGAAAUAAGGAACCAGGUCACACAGUCAGCCUACCAGGCAAUAAAUAAUCAUCAUUAGUAUUAUAAGGUUACUCAGGUAUUAUAAUAAGGUCGCUCACUUCAUCACCUGGCAUUGUUUUAGCCACGUUUCGGCUACCAGUGUGGUUGUAACUAAAUAAUAAAGCUGUUUUGAUACUUU